UGUAAAUUAAAAUUUCAUAUAUUAUUGGGUAAAUCAUGUUUCAUGCCAUAGUUAUUACGAAUGACAAAGCAGCAGAUGGUGGAAGGACGUCAAUAAGCGCAGUUUUAUAAAAUAGUUGAACUAUGAAUGAGUGAAGAUGUAUAGGAAUAGUUGCUGCUUGCAAAAUACUAAGAAUGGAAGCAUUGCUUGUGGAUUUUUCACUUUGGUAUCUAGGUCAUUAGGUGCCAUAUUACUUAUUGUUGGGUUAGUUCAUUUGGAAAGCAUCUCUAUUUACUUGAAAGGAAACGAAAACUUCGUAUACUCUCUACGAAUCGUGUUUUUAACUCAAUUAGUAGAUUGCGCAUUAUUCAUCACAUUCAGUAUUCUACUUAUCCACGGAGUUAGAAAGGACAACUCUUCAUUGAUGUUUCCAUGGAUUAUUUGGAUGAUAAUCGAAAUUGGAGGUCUGACAAUACUCAUUAUCUUAACAUUAAUGGGAAUAACACAGGAAGUGAAACUAUCUGCAAUUCUUGCUACCAUUCUAUUCUCUCUGAUAUUUCUCGGAAUUGAUAUAUAUUGCUUGUUUUGCGUCAUGGCUCAAUAUAAACUGCUGCAAUAUAACCCACCUGCAUAUUCAGUGAUAAUUUGAAAUGUUUCAUCUUUAUUUUUCAGUAUUCUAAAAUCCUGAAAAU